CUGGCGGCCCUUCGAGAGAGGGGCGCAGUCACCGACUUUGAGUGGGUAAAAGGACAUGCAGAGUCGGUCGGCAAUAUUCAGGCUGAUCUCCUCGCCGGAGCGGGCGCAGGGCUUGCACUCGCCCAUGGCCUCGAUCUGUCCUACAACAGACGGUUUCUUUUGGAUGGCGCUCAGUUGUCGACUAUGACGCAACGGCUAGCUUACCGGGGCAUACGGGAGCGCACUGUGUAUACCCCCAGGCCGAGGGCGGUGGCUAGCCUCGACAUGGCUAGGUGCGCGGUCGCUGAUGUGACGGGUCGCCGCCCCUCUGAUAAGUUGCUAUGGGUGAGCCUUCAGCACCGCGACCUCACUAAGGGCGCGAGGGAGUUCCUGUGGAAGGCUUUCCACUCCGCAUACAAGGUUGGGUCUUACUGGCUGAACAUUCCCAAUUUCGAGCAUCGAGCAGACUGCCGGCACUGCAAUGUGCCUGAUGACAUGGGGCAUAUCCUGACGGAGUGUGGCGGCCCGUGUCAACAUUUGGUGUGGACCAUGGCACGGCGCACCUGGGAGCAGACAGGCAAGGAAUGGCCGGCCCUGUCAAUUGGUGUCGUGCUAGGCUGCAGUGAUCGCCGAUGUCUUGGACGGGAGCGAACGGACGGCCCUCUCGUGGUCUCUCCCGUCUUUUCCGCAUCCUGGUUUCUGGGUCGGCGCACCUGA